AUGACUCAGUCAACUCAAAUUGUAAUCGGGGUGUUAGCCAUCCAAGGUGCUUUUAGGGAACAUAUACAACAUCUGGUAAAAGCAAUUGACGAGUUAGGCCUGCAAGAAAAACUCGAGAUCUCAGUUUUUGAAGUUCGUGAUGAAGAGACGCUGGUCCGAUGUGAUGCUCUUGUCAUCCCCGGUGGAGAAAGUACAACAAUGUCAUUGGUUGCCCAGAGACUGAAUUUGCUUGAACCCCUGAGACAGUUCAUAGCUUCCGGAAAACCAGCUUGGGGAACUUGUGCUGGACUCAUCAUGCUGUCUUCAUCCUUGCAGAAUAAAUCAUGUGAUCAACAGUUACUUGGAGGACUGGAUAUAGAGACCACCAGAAAUGCAUUUGGGCGUCAACUAGAUUCUUUUAUUGCCGACUUGGAUUAUUCUAAGUUUAUACCCGGACUUACAGCCUUUCAAACCGUUUUUAUAAGAGGUCCUGUAAUUUCUAAGAUCCUUCCACCGUCGCCAGGUAAACCCAAAGUAGAGGUUCUGGCCAGCUUACCAGAAGAACGUGGGUCUCAGAUUAUAGCCGUUCGUCAAGGAGAUAUUCUGGGAACUUCUUUUCACCCUGAAUUGUCUGAAGACGUCUCUUUUCAUAAAUGGUGGGUUCAAGACUUUGUACUGAGCAAGAUCACGAUAACUUAG